GGGUACCAAGCUCGCCAUCAAGGCUUGUCGCCUGGAGCUCAACGUGAAGAACAAAGACCGGUGGUGCCAUGAGAUCCAGAUCAUGAAGAAGUUGGACCACCCUAAUGUUGUCAAAGCCUUCGAAGUGCCUAAAGAGUUGGAUUUCCUGGUCAACAACGUUCCGCUUCUGGCCAUGCAGUAUUGCUCCAGGGGAGACCUCCGGAAGCUGUUGAACUCACCUGAAAAUUGCUGCGGCCUCAAGGAGAGCCAAGUACUUUCCCUUCUGAAUGAUGUUGGGAGUGGCAUCCGGUAUUUGCAUGAAAACAGAAUAAUACAUAGAGAUCUGAAACCUGAAAAUAUCGUUCUUCAGGAUGAAAAUGGGAAGAUCAUUCACAAAAUAAUAGAUCUGGGAUACGCCAAGGAUCUGGAUCAAGGAAGUUUAUGCACAUCUUUUGUCGGGACCUUACAAUAUUUGGCACCUGAACUCUUUGAUAAUAAGCCUUACACAGCCUCUGUGGACUUCUGGAGUUUUGGAACAGUGGUCUUUGAGUGCAUUACAGGAUUUAGACCGUUUUUGCAUGACCAGCAGCCUUUUACCUGGCAUGAUAAAAUCAAGAUGAAAGAUCCAAAAUUCAUCUUUGCAUGGGAAGAGAUGACUGGGGAAGUUAGAUUCAGUGCUCAUUUGCCAAACCCCCACAGUUUAUGCAGCAUAAUCGUCGAAGUCAUGGAGAGCUGGCUACAGCUGAUGCUAGACUGGGAUCCUCAGCAGAGAGGGGGUGGUACAGACCCAGAAACUGGCUGCGCCAGGUGCUUCCAGUUAAUGGAUCAGAUAUUGGGCCUGAAGAUCGUUCACGUCUUGAAUAUGACGUCUGCCAGGAUCCUGUCGCUCGCACUGCACCCUGAGGAAAGCGUGCACUCCCUGCAGUCUCGCAUCGAGUCCGAGACGGGCACCAGUGCCGGCAGCCAAGAGCUGCUCCUGGAGAUGGGCAUCUGCCUGGACCCUCGAAAGCCAGCGUCACAGUGUGUCAUCGAUGGCGUCAGAAGCUGGGAUAGCUGCAUGGUUUACCUGUUUGAUAAAAGCAAGACUAUAUAUGACGGCCCUUUUGCAUCUAGGAGCUUGUCUGACUGUGUGAAUUAUAUUGUGCAGGACAGCGAAAUUCAGUUGCCCAUUUUGCAGCUUCGCAAGAUCUGGGCUGAGGCUGUGCAUUACGUCAUCGGGCUAAAAGAAGACUACAGCCGGCUCUUCCAGGGACAGAGAGCGGCCAUGCUGAGCCUUCUGCGAUACAAUGCCAAUUUAACCAAAAUGAAAAACAACAUGGUGUCAGCGUCGCAGCAACUGAAAGCGAAACUGAAGUUCUUCCAUCAGAGCAUCAGUCUGGACUUGGAGCGAUACAGCGACCAGAUGACUUACGGGAUAUCCUCAGAGAAAAUGCUGAAAGCCUGGAAAGAGAUGGAAGAAAAGGCCUUGCAGUGUGAACAGACAGGGGACAUCGGCUUCCUCGACGAGCAGAUUGUGGCUUUGCACACCGAGAUUGUGGAGCUGCAGCGGAGCCCCCAUGCGCGACGGCAAGGGGACCUCAUGGAAAACCUUGAACAAAGAGCCAUCGAACUCUACAAGCGAUUAAAACCACGAGCCCCAGAUCAUUCCUACAGCGACAGCACGGAGAUGGUGAAGAUCAUUGCCCAGACCGUGCAGAGCCAGGACUGGGUGCUUAAGGAGCUCUUUCGACACCUCAGCAAGCUGCUGGGUUGUAAGCAGAAGAUAAUUGAUUUGCUUCCGAAGAUCGAAGUGGCACUGAAUAAAAUCAAGGAGGCUGACAAUUCAGUGAUGCAGAUGCAAGGGAAGAGGCAGAGGGAAAUCUGGCAUUUGCUGAAAAUUGCUUGCACUCAGAGUUCUGCUAAAUCUUCUGCUACUUCCAGUGUCGAAGGCCCGGUUGCAUCUUCAGGGCCCAUGUGGCUCUCACAGACCUCGGCGGGAGGCAUUCUUCAGCCUCUUUCUUCUCUGGAAGCCUCUAGAAAUAUGAUACCUUUUGCACAUUUGUUAGAAGAAAAUCUAAGCUACCUCGACAGUUUUAGUACUGUCAUCCAAGAAGCAAAGCAUGACCAGAAUAACAGCGUGAUGAGUCUUGAUUGGAGUUGGCUAAAUUAGUUGAAUAUGCAAGUGGAACAUCAAGAAGUUGACACAAAUGCCUUAUGUGCAUCUCUCGUGAAUCGAUCGCCAGAACACCACUGCCGGAGCCUCUUGCAGUUAAGGAGCAGGCGGCAUUUUAAGCACACGGUUGCUAAAGGCAUUCAUUCAACCCAAGAGAGCACGUUUUAAAUUUCCACUUCAGUUGAUUUUGUCUGAGAUUGCCAUGCAAUAUUUGGCCUGUCUUUCUGAAGCAUCUUAGAAAGCAGCUGGCUUCUCACCCAAAGAUGCCACACAGACUGCAUGGAGUACCUCCUGACACAGGACAUACACUGGAAUCACACGAAAUACACCAAAAAUAAGAAACAUUGCACAAUUUCAAGAUGGUGAAUUCCACUCAGACAGAAACUGAAAAGAAGACAUAAACUCUUGAUCAUUUGCUUUGUAAAUUGGUUCCCCUUCCUUCUCUGGCCCCCCCAGAUUUAUUUUCAGUAUGAUAAGGGAAUAUUUUAGUUUUCUAUAGUACCCAUUUUAAGGUAAAAAUCCAGUGCCCCGUGCCUAUACACUAGUCUCCAAACUCAAGGUUUAUGUUCACCCUGUGCGGGGGGCAUAGGGAAUGAGACAUGGGGUGAUACUCCACGCUAUGCCUCACACGGACUAUGUUCAAACUACACAAGUCAUGGUGUCUUUUUACCAUUGCUGGUAUGUUGUGCUGUUUGUAUUGCACCAUGGUCAAUUUGGCCUUUAGAAACCAGAAUAAGUAACAAUGGUUUGUUCUCUGUACCACCAUGGCUUGUUGUCUUGUCUGAACCCAAGAUCAUGGUUUCCACAGUCCUGGUCUCCAACUUUCACAGGGUCCUCUGGAAAGAGUGGCAAAUGAGUAUCCAGCCUGUAUGUGUGGACCAAGGAGUAAUGUGUUAAUCUUGGAGCUGGUGUUCGGAAUAGUCCUAUGACCUCUCCGUUGAUGCGGGGCAGCCCUGAGAUUGUGCCCUGAAUGCAGUUUUGCACUUUAAAAUGGCUGUUAGGUGACGUCAAUUUAAAUAACUCAGCUUAGAAAUGUGAAAAACGGAAAAAUAGUCUCAAUAUUGGUAGUCGGUUCCAGGGCAGCCCUGGAGAAGUCUGUUGGGUGGCACAGAGAGAAUUGAAUAAAGAGAUUCUAUGCGUGGAUUUGGAGGCUGUGAAAUAGGGUUUCUUUAACGUGCUCACUGCCUCCGAGUCUGCUCACCAGGGCCCCACUGCAUCCACCAGGAGUUUUCCUCCAUCUGCAUUCCUGUUUGCUUUCAUCACUUUCAGACAAAACCUGGCAAACAAUCACUACUGAAGAGCUUUGGAGACACCACGACCUUGGCAGAGCGAAUGUUGCUGAUACUGUUCUUGGCUUGCUAGUACUGCUGUUCUGUGCAUUUUACAAAAUCCCGGAAUCCUUUCUUGUGUUUUGUUUUGUUUUCCUAAUAGUACACCAGUAAAACAUAUAACCACAGAAAAGA